AUGAUAAAAGCGGAGAGGAGGAGCACAAGGUGUUCCCUUGCAGCUACUGCCAAAGGAAGUUCUACAGCUCACAAGCCCUCGGCGACCACCAGACCGCGCACAAACGAGAGCACGGACGCUUGCCAAAAGAAGCCUCCCGAUGAUGAGAAGCAUUAG